ACAGAUGGCAUCAAGUGAUUUUGAACCCCUUGCACUACCAGAACCAACAUAUGGUAUGGGUUUAGAACCAAUUGUUGGAGCAAACAUAUGUCAACAUUCGGACUUAAGCCUAGUUGCCAAAGUUAAACAUGCAUUAGGAAAAGCAUCUUUCACGAAGCUUCAAUCUUCCUUCCUUGGGCACAUCAUCGAACUUUCGGCCAGAGACAUCAGAUUUUCUGGGAAAAUAUUCCACUACUUGAUGCUGAGAAGGCUGAAGACAAGAGGGAGAAACUUAUGGUUUACAGUCGACAUGCAACCUCUUCGGUUCUCCUUGAGAGAGUUCUUCCUUACAACAGGGAUUCAAUGCGAACCUAUUCAUAGAGAACCAAGGAAUAACGGCAAAGAUCCAAUUAGUGAACCAUAUUCUUGGGCGGUGAGAGGAGAUUACACUUUAACUCAACUUCAAUAUCGACUAUUUAAUGAACCAGAAGAGGGUGAAGAACCUUUGGAUGACAAGGAAAAGGAAUGCCUCGCUGCAGUGGUAUUAACAGAAGGUAUUUUGAUGACACCAUAUUCAUUAGAGAAGAUACCUCUGUCUAGGCUUAAGCAUGCAUCGGAUUUCGAGAUGUAUACAGCCCAACCAUGA